UUGUUCCGCAAGCAGGUGGCGUGCACAUUCGAUUUCUCGGAGAGGUGCCUGGAAAGUGGACUUCCACGCGUAGUGGCAUUGGUUGGUAUGGAAGCGGCGGGCGAUGACUUUGAAGCAGCUUGCACCAAAGGCACUGACGAACACGAAAUGUACAAGAACAGCAUCAAGUGCAUGAACGCAGCCGGGAUCAAGUUGAACCAGUGCUUCGCAGUCCUUCGUGAUGGUUUGGGUGACAGCCUUGAAGCUCCGCCAGGAAGGACCGUCCACUACACCUGCUGUACGUAUCAUGACUUCCUGGACUGCAUGGAGCUCUCAGUGGACACAUGUGAACCGGGAUCGAAGGCCAAAGAAUACCUGGCUAACGUCAUGGAUCGCAUAUACGGACAAAUGUUGAGUCUCGUGUGCGGACGGUAUACCCGGGGUUCCACGCACUGCCAGGCCCUACCGAAACUACCGCCUCAUGCCGGGCCAAACCAGAACCUCAUCGACUUGCUCAUCGAGAUAUCGACUGCCUUCACGAAUCCGAAUAACUAGGCUGCGUAUCCACCAGCAAUAAAUUGCACCUGUUACUUCCAAGUGCGCCAUCUUUGUUUCAGUUAUCCAUUCUUAUAGCGUUUUUUUUUUCUUUUUUCUUCUAGCUCUUUCUCUUUGUUAUGAGCUCAAGGCCACCUCGUGCUUGUUGGGUGUUUUGCGUAAUGUGCUUGCGUGCGCCUCGAGCGUUACGCAACCACUUUUUGCGGAUCGUACCCCGAAAACUGCCUUCCGAGCAGCAGGUCGGCGAGCUGCCUGGCAGGCGGCAAACAAGUUUACUGCCGCGGGCAUGCCACGUGAGAUGGCAAGGCGGUAUACAAACGAAAUGUGUUCCCAGUUUUCCUGACUUCUGCGUUUUAGCUU